CCUACUUUGAGGAAGUAGGUUGCAUUUUUUGAAGACACCAUUUUGAAUGAUGCUUACUGGAAAACACAACCUGUACUGACAUUCGUGUUGCUGAGGGAUUUAGAUUUAAACACCAAUGCCCAGAAGGCAGCGAGAUUUCUGUUGAAGCAACCGAUAAGACCCAUCUUGCCAUGGCCGAUUUACGCAAACAGUCUUUCAGUCAUGUGGCUGAUAUAGUGAAAAUGGACAACCAUUCAGUGAUCACAAAAACCUGCCAAGAUCUAAUCUUUACAUGCACAAUUGUUACUGAAAAUCUUGUCCACCUUGGAGAGAAGUGUGUGAACAUCAAAACCAGCAGUGCAUGGAAUGCUUCCUUAUUUCAACCAGAUGAUUUUAGUUUGAGGACUGAAUACAUUGCAGCCAUCCCAAUCUUUGUUUUUUCUGCACUGCUCCUUAUCUCUUACUGUUGCUGGAAAAAACAGGGGAAUCAACUGAAUGCAACGUAUUUGAGAUAUGUUAUCACCUGUUCCUGUUUCAGAAGGGUUAUUUUCCACAGCGUCCCUAGAAACCAAGAAGGAAGUGGAUUCCCAAUGGUUGGAACAAGAGAUUUAGCAGGACAGCACAACGGUGACAUCAGGAAUGGAAGAGAUCCACGUGGAAGUGGUGAAACCGACCAACACACACUUGAAAGCGUUAUCAGCUUUAGGAACAUGAGAGAAGAUCCAGGAGGCAUAAAUGGAACUGCAGGAAGAGAAAUUAAAAGGGAGCUGGAUGGUGGAGGGGCUGCUCCACAUCGUCAGGCUGAAGAACAGCCACUGCUGCCAGAUCAACGAGCUGCCAGCGAAGGUUUAGACAUGGCGGGUGAAGCUGUAGCUUUGGUGAACGAGCUUAGCAUCGACCAGGACCGAAUCAGCAGGUGCUCUGCUGCACCAGAUACUGACGUGGAGUCAAUACGUUGUGGAAAUCCAACAAGCAAAAUAUAAAAGAUAAUAAUGAUUUAUUACAAUAAUACAUAUAAAUAUUAUAUUAUAUAUAAUAAUAAUAAUAAUAAUAAUAAUCACAGUCACUAUGUAAGACAUUUACUGACAUGUCCUUUAGGGUUAGCUUUUUGUCUUCUUAAGACUAAUACUAAUAAGAAUAUUUCAGAGGUAUGAGUCAAUGGUCUUGAAAACAAAUUUAAAAACAUAAAUGGAAAAGUUUGGUUGUUUUGGUUCAGAUUUGGAAAUUAUUGCUAUUUGCAAACUAAGUGCAUCAACUAAAUGUACUUACAGCUUAGCUGUUUGAUAAGGCAAGUAUUAUUCUAUUUUUUCUGUAUGGAAAUACUGACUGCUGAGCUUGACCAAAGGGGUGGGUGAACCACAUACAUGUCAGAAAUGUGCUGCAUACCUGUGAGGACUAAAGAAAAACAAAAUUACACUAUAUAAAGCUUAUUAUGAAUAUGUUUGCCUAAAAUAAAGGCAAUUUCUUUAUAAAUUAUGUACAUUAUGUAAAGUAUUACAGUUAAGCCCAAGAUCAUUCCUCUCACUGGAAGUGAUAACAUUAUAGAACCAGAUUUCUGACUUAAAUCACAGUUUCUGUGGAGGAAGCUAAAGAUUAGGAUGAUGGCAAGUAGUCCUCCCAACCUCAAAGACUUGGAGCUCGUUACCAAAGAUAAAUGAUCAAAACAUCUGCAGAAAUUUGCAAACAAAGCUGGUCCGCAGUUAAAAAGUUACUGUUACUGUUACUUAUUUGUUACUGCUGUAAAGUCAAUAAGGAUGUUUCUGUUGAAUAAAUGAGAAGGGUUUAAAUAUUCUUUUACAGGGCAUUCUUUAACUAAAUGUAAAAGAAAAUAUCAAUUAUGAUUUUUAAAUUGAUAUUCUUUUUAUUUGUUAUAUUAUCUUUUGAGAGAUGUCUCGUUUCCUCUCAGAAAUAAAAUUCUUGGUUGAAUGAAACAAGUAUUUUUUAAAAUCUAAAUCUGCCAGGAGAAUUAUUCUGGGUAAGAAUUCAUACAGUUAAGUCUGUAUUUUUUAUGAUUGCAACAAACUAAUUGUCAACAAUACUAUAAAUGUAUUCCUUUUAAAUUUGCUAAGCUUAUUUAUUUCCAUUUUCUUUUGCACAUAAUAUAAAUCUUAGUAUAUUUACCUAUUAUUACAGGAAAUACUUGUGACAAAUUUACAGUUUUCAAGUUUUUACAAUAGUAAUAUUUUUUGGGAAACACACACGUGUGUAUACUUCAUGUCAAUCUAGUUCUUUGUAAGUUUUUUUUUUUCAUUUUAUUGUGACAACAUGUUUAUAUUAUUGCUUUUAUUAAUCAAUCUGUUUUGUUGUAUCUAUAAGUGCCUCAUAACUGUAAUCUCCUUUUGACUUUCAAAUCUCAAAUAAACGUAUUUUCCAAUGUA